UUGCUCCAGAUUUGCAGAAAUUGUUGCAUGAAAUCAUCGGCGACUCUAGCAUAAGAGCUGUACCCGCACAUCGUGUCAGGAAGAAGCAUGUUGCGUUUGGUGUCAGCUGGUGAUGACAUCAAGAUAUGGGACUGCAAUGACUUCCUACUAGAGCACCAGUUUAAUCCCCACGACCAGAACAUCACCAGCGUCUGUUGGGCCUGUGACAAUUCUUUCUUAGCCAGUGCGUCUGUUCACACAGAGAAUGUGGUACUCACUGAUGCCAGAACUUGGGAUAAAAGUAUCCUAAAAUGUGAGAUGGGUGUGAUGUGUUUGGAUGUGAAUGACACAUCACGGUACAUGCUGAAUGGAGCUUCUAGUGGCGUCAUCUCUGUCUGGGAUCUCAAGACGAGGAAAGUUAGGAAAACAUACAAGGAACACAAAGGGCCUGUGACAUGUGCUCGGUUCAACCAGGGCACAACUUCCAUCGCGUCUGGGUCAGAGACAGGGGAGAUCAUCCUGUAUAAUGUAGUGACAGGACAGGGUUGUCGGCCCAUGACCACGCCAAGUGUGCAAGCAAUCAAGCAAGUCCAAUAUGGUCGUAAGAAAUCUCAGCUGGGGUCGGUAUCAGACGAUGGGGCCGUGAGUCUGUGGGACUGUAACACACGUCAGCUUGUCCACACGUUUUCCUGCCAUCGGGCCCCGGCCACGGGUCUCAGCUUCUCACCCAUCAAUGACAUUUUCCUGGUCUCUGUUGGCCUGGACAAAAGAAUUGUCUGCCACGAUAUUCAAACUAAGAAAGUAGUGAAGGUGAUAAACACGGACAGCCCUCUGACGUCUGUGGACACAAUGAGUAACGGUAUCAGCCUAGCUGUGGGCUCUACAAGAGGUCAAAUCUUCCACUACGACCUCCGCAUGGGCUUUGUGCCCCUUCUGGUGUUAGAUGCACACAAGUCAUCAGUACAGGGGCUCAAGUUUCAAAUGGAAGUCAAGGGUGAGACAUUGAACAGCAAGCCUAAGUCUUCUACAGGGAACCAGCACUUGAAGCACAGACAGCUUCCUGCCUCACCCCGCACAGUCGGCAACAUCCAGCAUGAAAUGAAGACGCCAGUUACGGGUGUCGACAUGGACGUGUUCUCUCCUCUCAGAGAGGGUUUCCAGGAGCACUCAAAUGAGGACUCGGAGAACAGGAACAGUGAUGGCAUGCCUGCAGGAAACCCAGCCAAGGAGUGGCAAGCAGAUAUUUACUCAGGUGGUGUGCUCUCUCCCCUACAUGAGCAAGUAGGAAGGGGCUCAAGCGGUGCAGGUUUGUCUCCCCUGGCGUUCCAAGGAUUCACACCGCGAUCAACGCAGAAACAAAACAGCCCCGUGCUGUCUUCCCUGGAGAACAGGAUGAACAUUCAGACCACAGUUCCAACUGUCAACAUAGUGUCCGCAACUCCACAGGAUCACGACACCAGCAAUGGCAUGCCAACAUAUACAGGUCUGACCAAUGGAAUGUCCACUUCACAUCACAUGACCAGUGAGGCAGUCAUCAAUCAGAUGGGCACUGACAUACCAAGGGAAAGAACUCCUGCCCAUCAGCCGAAACAAGUUGCAUUUCUUACUGAAGAGCCAGAUACCUACAUAUUCUCCAGUAACAGCAACAGCCCAUCUCACAGUAAUAACGACAGUCACAGUCCAGAGUCCUCAAGGCUCUCCCAGAACCAGCAGAUUGGCAUGAGUGCUUCCCCUUGUUUACCUACAAUGCAUUAUGGGGACUCUCCAGGAAGUGCGUAUGGAGGUGUAAAUGGUGCCUCUUUACAACAUUACCCAACUACUCCUGAUGGAGUGAACGCUCAAUCAUUAGUGCCAAGCGAUGUUGAUCUGAAACCCAGGCCAGUUAGAAAACACGUUUCUGACGAUAAGUAUGCAACAGUUGAUGAGGAAACAAUUACAAAAAUCGUACGCAAGGUGGUUCAGGAAGAAUUCUGUGCUAUGAAAAAAGAAUUGGUCAGCGUUAUCAAAGACAGUAAUGACGAUACUGUUGAUAGCUUACACAGAGAUAUUAUGAAUUUACAAUCAACAAUGCUUGUGGAAUUUCUUCAACUGCAGAAUGAGCUGAUUCACCUUCUAGAGCAAUACUCAGUGAACCCAGACAUGGUGGCAGAAAUCAACCGUCUUCAGGAAGAAAACAAACGACUCAAGAGAAUUUACUAGACAACAGCAGAAUUGUGUAAACUGAAAUCAAGAUAUCAGUGGGAAAAUAUGAUAUUAGCUUGUAUUAGAUUAAAAGGCCAUUCAGCGACCAUAAGUAAAUAACAAAUAAAAGAUAAUAUAUUGUUGUUACUAAAAGCUGAAUACAUGUAAUCUAUGCAGUAAAUUUGCAGUAAAUUUGUUGUUACCUUAAGUGAGCAUAAUGUGCUCAUGGUGAGCUUUUGUGAUCACCUUUGUCCCCUGUUAAUCGUCUGUUGUCACCAUUUACUAAGUGAUGGCUCUAGAAGCUAAAUGUAUUUCCCAAUCUUCCAGAGCUACAUGUAUUUCCCAAUCGUUAUGAAACUUUAGAACAUUGUUCAAUGAUAUCCUGGCCUUGUUCUAAACUGAUUCACAUGAGUCAAAAACUACAUCACAUUAAAAGCUUAUGAACACACUUCAAGUCAUAUUUUAUCUUCAUGAAACUUGGUGUUAAUUAUAUCUCUGCUGAAUAUGAAAAUGGUUUCUGUCCGUUGAAAAACAUUUCUGCCAGAAGGUGAGGCAGUUUUCCAAGAUAGUUCAUGUCUGUUAAAAACAUGAUCUUCAGGGGCAGGGCUGUUUUCCUUAUAUGGCUGAAAUGAAAAAUCGUGAAAACUAUAGCAGUGAUUUUUUUCUCUCAAAUCUUCAUGAAACUCAGAUCAUUUGUUCUAAUAAUAUUUUGGCUAAGUUAGUAGAUGGUUCUAGCCCAUUUUAAAAUCAUGGCCCUCAGGGGUAGAUCAGUUUUAUUUACAUAGCCAUGUGAAUACUUUAGAAGUCAUAUUUGUGUCCAAUGUUCAGGAAACAUGUUUAGAACAUUUGUUUAGAUUCUUUGAUUCUCAGGUGAGUGAUCAAGGGCCCUAUUCUUUAUGCAGAUGUUUGUGAUAAUAUUUUGGCCUGUAUUGAAAAAUGUGUCAUAUCUUGAAAACUAAUAGACUUGUAUUGGUAUCAACUUCAAACUUCCCAUGUACAUAGAUCUCAUUGUGAGAAAUAACUUUUGCCCUUAUUUUAAGAGUUAUAUUUACAUGUAUUGCUAUUGAUUAUUUUAAUUAAAAUAAAUUUUGGCCAUAGCAUACCUUGAAAACUGAAAGAGAUAUAAACUAUAAAUGUAUAUAGAUCUAAACAUUGAAGGGGAAGUGCAAUGCACACAACCCAUGAAUCCUGCUUUUAUAACUUUCACAGUUGUUCCCAAUGUGCAUCUUCACACUGAAAUGUUUAGCCAUGUAUUGACUAUCUUAUGAAGCGUCAACAUGAAACUUAAUUGGAAGCUUGAAUUGUAAAAAUAUAGUUCUUAAAACUGAACUGCUAAUGUACUCAUAUAAAGCAUGCCUCUAUGACAGACAAAAUGAUAUAUUAAUUUGGCUUGUAAAUUCCACAGCGUUGAUCGAAUCUGGUCCCAAAUUUGAAAAUAUUUGAGGCCAUCAUUCUGCAUAUUUGCAAAGUUCAUUAAACAAAGCCUACUUAGGUGAACAAAAUGCCUUUUCUGAUUGUGAAAAUGAAUACAAGAGUUUUAUGUGAUUUUCAAACAAAGAAAUUUACCAAUAUUUCCUAGUAACUUAAAAGAUAUGAGCAUUGAAUUUUUUUGUAAUACGCCAUUAAUGUUGUUUCUUCUCUCGAAGAAACAGUUUGCAUUAGAUGUUUGACAAAUGAAAAUGCUUAUGGUUGUAAUAUUUUAGUCAGUUUAUUUUAGACAAGUCCGAUGCUGGCAAACAAUUUAUAAUUAUAAAUUGGGAGGAGGAUGUAGAAUGACAGAUCAAAAGUGUAUUUACAUUAUAUGACAGCUUUUUUUACACUAUUUUUACAGCCUUAACUCGGAAAUUAACAGGAAUUUAAAAUAUAUUUUUAAGAAUGUUAAGAUAAAUUAUUAUAUUUUAUCAUAUACUAAUCUUCUUGUAAAAAAACAUUUUGCUGCUGAGCUGUAAACUGCAAUACAUAUGCUUGUUGUUGACUCUUAAGUGAGUUUCACCUAUCAAUGAAGCAAAUGUGGACACUUCUAUGUGCUGUUAUACCAGUAUGUUCUCUUUUUGUUUCCAUGGCAAUGUUAGUACUUGUAUGCCUGUUCAAGUUGUAUUGUCUCUUUCAUGUGCUAGUUCAAAUAAUUCAUAUGUAUGAUAAUUCUUACGCCCAUGUUCAUAUAGUAAGUGCCUUGGGUGUAUGGGAAUUUGUACCAGUCUGCAUUUACUUUAAAACACUUGUUGAUUUAAAGCAAUUUUGCAUUUCCAUCUAAUAAUAUGUUUGUAUUUAUUUACAAUAAAUAAACAAAUUAACCCUG